GUACCCCUAACUCUAAUUCAUUAAUCAUUAUCCAGCCGAUUUCCGGCCGCCGCUCCAUUCCCCCAACCCACCAUCGUUCUAUUUCUCCACAGCGAUGUGUAAUGCUCUGAUGCCACCGGGAUCGGAGGAGAAUCCGAGGGAAGAUCUGGCAUCGAAGCCACCGGCUUCAGUCAAUGCUCCGGCUCCGAUCAAAACAGAGGAUCUGCCUGAAUCAGACAAUUCCUCCGCUGGCCCUCCUCUGCCGCCGCCGCCGCCAGAAGAAACGGAAACUGAGGAAGUCGACAUCGUUAUGGAACCACCGACGCCCGACUACAGGGGAUGAUUAUAUAAUGGUAUGAGAGUUCCCGCUGAGCUAAACAGAAGUCGGUGGCCAUUGGUGGGACUCCGGAGAUGAUGAGAGAAAGUAAAUGAUUGUGUUUGGAAGAAUAAAAGUGAUUGUGAAAUUACCAAAUUCUGGCCGGCUCCGGCGACUGUGUGUUUGAUUUAGGUUUAAGUGUUUAAAUGAAAAAAAUAAAUAAACUAAGAGUAGUAGAGUAAAUUUUAAUAAUUAGG